CCUCUAGUCAUUGGUUCUGCAGUCCAAGGUAAGCAUGGCGGCGACAGCAGCAGCACCAGCGGCCCCUGAGCAAACACCUGAACCAUCGCAGUCAGGACCUAUGCCUUUUGACUUUUCCCAGCCUCCGAUUAUAGAAGGCUUCAACCCUUUGCCGAGGAUCAAAGAUGAGACCUUCAAAGAAAAAUUUAUUAGAAAAACCAAGGAGAACCCAUUCGUCCCAAUAGGUUGUGUGGGAACAGCUGGAGCGCUGAUUUAUGGUCUCCGUGCCUUCCAUCAAGGGAAAACCAGACAGUCCCAGCUGUUGAUGAGGGGACGUAUCUUUGCUCAGGGCUUCACUGUAGUUGCCAUUAUUUUUGGUGUCUUUGCCACAGCUCUGAAACCCAAGCCAUGAAGACAGACCAAACCUCUGCCAUUCAACUCGGAGUCAGACCAGAUCCAACUUGGAAUUUGACUGAUCUUACUAUCUGAAUGAACUUAAUAAUGUAUUGUUUCCAGUAUUGUUCAGAUACCUAUGUUAAGGCCACUAUUUAUUGUUGUUUGAACACUGAAUAGCUCAUGGUGAUUAAACAUUUUGCAACAACAUAGUAUAAUCAGCUCCUCUAUCAGACCAAGUAAGCAAGCUGGAUUUUACUUGUAUAGUGAUGUAAGUCUUUAGACAAAAUGCUGAUAAAUAUAAAUUAUAUGCUUCUUUUGUCACUGAAAUGAUCUAAAGAACACCUGUCUUCUGAUAUAAAUUUUAAGUUUAA